AUGCAGACCUCGUACGCCACCAUCAGCCAGCUCGCGCUGGCUUUCUUGGCCGCCCAGGCCGUCGCGGCACCCGUGGCCGCCGUCGCCGGCAGCGGCACCGAGCUCGACGCCCGCAGCCCCGUCCCCGUCAAGAUGUGCGGGAGAUUCCAGGACCAAGGCUUUGGGUGCGUCCGCCAAUGCUACGGCUCCAACUGCGCCGAUGUCCCCAGAAGCAAACCCGCCAAGCGCGAUGUGGAGGGUCGCGACGGCGAGGUUGAGAAACGCACCCCCGUUCCCGUCCAAAUGUGCGGCAACAUGCCGGACCAGGGCUUUGGCUGCGUUACCCAAUGUUACGGCAGCACCAACUGCCGUACCACCGCCAGGAGCAAGCCCGCCAAACGCGAUGCGGAGGGUGAGGACGGCGAGGUCGAGAAACGCACCCCCGUCCCCGCAAAGAUGUGUGGUGGAUUCCCGGACCUGGGUUUUGGCUGCGUUACCCAAUGUUACGGCUCCAGAUGCGGCGAGUCUCCCAGGAGCAAGCCCGCCAAGCGCGAGGAGGAUGAUGGCGCUCAAGCCGCUCAGACAUCUGAGGACGAAGCUGGCGCUGAUGAGGAGUAG